AAGGGCUUGGGUAUAGACUGCUUUCUCUCUUUCUGUGAUUUGACGUACACCGGUUAGGAGGUGUGUUUUGUGAAUUCAAUUUUAACAUCAAGUUGCAUUUUUCAAAUAAAAAUGGCAUCGAAUAAGGCUUUGAAUUUUGCACCAGGACCUGCAAAAGUACCGGAAGAGGUACUGGAACAGGCACAUAGGGAAUUUUUUAACUACAAUAAUAGUGGAAUAAGUGUAGUAGAAUUAACACAUAGAGGAGUAGAUUAUGGAAAAAUAAAUGAUGAAGCUGAAGCAGCAUUACGUGAACUUUACCAAAUUCCUCCCAAUUACAAAGUUCUGUUUCUGCAAGGAGGAGGUACUGGUCAGUUUGCUGCUGUUCCACUAAAUCUAUGUUCCUCCUCUGAUGAUGUUGUUGAUUACAUCGUUACUGGCACAUGGUCAUCCAAAGCUGCUCAAGAAGCUGAAAAAUACUGCAAAGUUAACAGAGUUUUACCAAAAACUUCAGUCUAUACAGGCAUUCCAGACCAAUCAGAAUGGAAGCUGAGCAGUAAUGCAAAAUAUGUAUACUACUGUGCAAAUGAAACUAUACAUGGUAUUGAAUUUGAUUUUGUACCUGAAACAAAUGGUGUGCCUUUAGUUUGUGAUAUGUCUUCGAAUGUUUUAACCAGACCUUUUGAUGUGACAAAAUUUGGUGUCAUUUUUGCUGGAGCCCAGAAAAAUGCAGGUAUACCCGGUGUGACAUUUGUUAUAAUACGAGAAGAUCUUCUGGGAAAAGGCAUGUCUAUAUGCCCAACAGUUUUCGACUACAAAAUAAAUGCUGCAAACAAAUCUUUGUACAACACACCUCCAACUUUCAGUGUAUAUAUCCUUGGCCUGGUUUUCAAAUGGGUGCUCUCUCAAGGAGGAGUCUUAGCGAUGGACCAACACAGUGCUGUGAAAUCUAGUCUAGUAUAUGAAGUACUGGAUGCCUCUAAUGGGUUUUAUCACUUUGCAAUUAAAAAAGAAAACAGAAGUCGUAUGAACAUUCCAUUUAGAAUUGGUGGACCCAGUGGUAACGAUGAACUGGAAACAAAAUUCCUGAAUGAAGCUAAAGCUCGUAAAAUGUUAUCUUUAAAAGGACACAGAUCUGUUGGCGGCAUUCGAAUUUCUUUGUUCAAUGCUAUUACUCUGGACGAAACAAAAGCAUUAGUCGAAUUUCUGAAUGAAUUCCAAGCAAAAAAUCAGUGAAUUUACUGAACAUUCUUGAUGACGAAUAUUUUAUGAAUUUUAUUUGUAGACUGACAUUUCCAAAAUUAUUUUCUUUGAAAUCUUUUAUUAAUAAGAGCUCAAAUUUUAAAUAUUUUUAUGCAUUAUUUUUACAUGUAUAAUCCAUGAAUUUACUCUACAUUUUUAUAUUUGUUUAUCUAUGUGACACCUUACACAUUCCUCUUUUUUAAUCUUGUAAAAUAUUUGAAUACUUAGCAAAUUAUUUUACAAACAUAUUUUGUGCCAUAUAACUUUAUAGGAAUAUUAUGUGUUGAGUUCUUAUUUCUAAACUCUCGUAGUGUCUUAAACUAGUAAAAGAUUUCAGAAUUUAUGCUAUGUGUUUAUAUAGCUAUGAGAGUAGCAAAAAAGUGAAAAUCAUGUUAAAAAAUAGUAAUAGUUUUAAAAUUAGAAGAGAUUUAUUAAACUGUUAGUAAAUAUGUGUUAUGGAUUAAGAAUCGUUAUCUUACAUAUAGCUUGUAAGCCAAUUUUGUUAUAUGUUUUAUGCUUUGAAAUUUUAUACAAACUGUUAUACCUUUUACAAUAGGAAUGACUUUUGUCAUCCUGCACUUGAUGAUAAAUAAAUAUAUAUGUCUGCAA